AUGUGCCGGAGAAUUCGCCUUGCAAGGAAAAGGAUCAAAUGUGGCCGUUGGAUCAGCCGAAAGGAAGCCAUCGAGGAGGUCGAACAUCUUCAGCGUCUCAACAACGCCCAUAUCGUGAGGGUUGUUGGUACAUACGUCGUGCUCAACGAACUAGCGAUUCUCCUGUACCCCGUCGCCGAGUGGAACCUGGAAAACUACAUGGAUAUGAUCCUGGAAGAAGGUGCAGAUGUUGGCCAGUUUGCUUUGGGCCAUUGGCUACCACUUCUACGCCCGGACAAGAGCCAAGCACACUUCAGUGAAGUCGAAUUGGACUAUGAUGGCCCUGGUUUGCGAAAGCUGCACGUCCUAUCAUCCACGGCGUGGGGUAUAUGGACUUCACCUCCCACAGCUUCAGUAAAAACAGCAUACUUGGCGCAAUUCUUUGCUUGCCUUGCAAACACGGUGCAGUUCCUCCACAAAAAUAUCAUUAAACACAUGGAUAUCAAGCCCGCGAAUGUCCUUGCGAAGCAGGCACCUCAGUCGUGUUGCAACGUACCAGAAUUCACGCUCUACAUCGCGGACUUCGGGAUCUCGCGCUCAUACCCGUCUGUUCAAGACUCGGUCACUGACAACCCCACAUCGUUUACAAGGACCUACUCCGCGCCGGAGGUUACUGAGCAGAACAGACGAGGCCUUAGUGCAGACAUCUUCUCACUCGGUUGCGUAUUUGCAGAAAUGCUUGGUGUCUUAGCAUCGGACCUUCAGAACACCAGCGAACUAAAGUCUCUCUCCGAUAUUCGCUUCGCAAACCAGAAUGGCGACCGCUCGUAUCAAGCCAACAUCGCAAAUGUCAAGGAGUGGCUAGCUGGGCUCGCCGACAAGGUUGACAAUAUGUGGUUGCAAGAGGCAUGCUCAGUAACCGAGGCGAUGAUGGAAAAGGAUCCUGAGCGACGACCGUCAGCCGAACACCUCUUCAUUAUCAUCUCGAUAGGAUAUCCAGUGCUGGAAGACCUAUACUCCUCACUACUUAAUACCCAGUCUCUUAAUCCACCGGAUGAACCUAAGAUGAGCGGCCAAACUCCUCCAUCAGAUGCCACUGACCGCAUCCACACACUCGACUCGAAGGUUGCCUACCUCAAGGCUCUUAACGAGGAUGGCCUCAUGAUCGUCGAAGGUAUCGCAGAAUGGUGCGGCAAAUGCAAGGCCAUCGCUCCCACUGUCUCAAAGCUCUCGGAGAAAUACCCGAAAGCUCGCUUCUACCAGUUCGAUGUAGACAAGGAGCCGGACAUCGCACAGGAGCUCGGCAUUCGCAGCAUGCCGACUUUUACGUUUUUCGUGGAUGGCGAUGUACAGGAAGGGGUUACGGGCGCAAAGCCAACGGAGAUUGAGGAGGCUGUAAGGAAGUACUAUCCGGGGGAUGCUGAAUGA